GGUGUCUGAAUUCAGUUGCCAUAUCUCUGGGUGCUGCCAGGUCUUUGAUACACUGGAGGGCUAUGAGCACCACUACAACACGCUGCACAGGAAUGUCUGCUCCUUCUGCAAGCGUUGCUUUCCGUCAGGGCGUCUCUUGGAUAUUCACAUCUUGGAGUGGCAUGACUCCCUCUUCCAGAUAAUGGCCGAGAAGCAAAACAUGUACAAGUGUUUGGUAGAAGGCUGUGCGGAGAAGUUCAAGAGCAGCAAGGACAGAAAGGAUCACUUGGUCACCAUUCACCUUUAUCCUGCUGACUUUCGGUUUGAUAGACCAAAGAAAGUCAAAAGUGGCCCCAAGCAUGUGAGCCCUCCCAAGAAGCAGGGCGCCAGCGUCCCGAUGGAUGUGAGCAUGGAGACAUCAGAGCAAUUCCAUGUGGACUCCAUGGAAACAGGGCCCAGUGAGAACAUGGAAAUCCCUCAGCCUGCAGCCAGCCCUGGCCCCUCAGUGCCGGAGAAACGACUCUAUAAGUCCAGGAUCCCGUCCACAAUUUGCUUUGGACAAGGUGCCACCCGAGGAUUUAAAGGACCAAGGAAGAAAGUCUGA